AUGGCGGACAGGAAACGGAUGUGUUGCGGACGUUCUGCUCUGGAGGUGACGCUGGCCACUCUGUUCAUCCUCAUGACGGCUGUGAGCGUGACGCUGAUCACACUGAUGGUGACCUGGAGAACACACACAGACCACAAACCCUACCUGGUCGGAGUCGGUCGGGCCGACUGCACCGGGCCUCCAGCUGAAAUCCCUCUGAUGGGUUAUGCAAACACUCAGCAGACAGCUGCAGGCAUCCACACUCGCCUGUACAGCCGAGCCUUCAUCAUCGACGACGGGAGGCGGAGAGUCGUGUUCGUCACGGCGGACGUAGGAAUGAUAUCACAGAGGCUACGACUGGAGGUUCUGCAGGCACUGAAGGUGAAAUACGGGGACCAGUACCGUCAGGAUAACGUGGUUCUGAGUGGGACUCACACUCACUGCGGGCUGGCCGGAUAUUUCCAGUACACGCUGUUUAUGAUCACCAGUAACGGUUACAUGAAGGCGUCCAUCGAGCCGCUCGUCAACGGCAUCGUCAAGAGUAUAGACAGAGCCCAUGGUACCAUGAGGCCAGGCAGGAUUUUCAGGAGCAGAGGCUUGCUGGACGGCAGCAGCAUUAACAGAAGUCCCCACUCGUACAUGAACAACCCCGACGACGAGAGACGCAGGUAUAAGUGGAACACAGAUAAAAACGUUUUAGUGCUGAAGUUCACUGAUCUGGAUGGAGACGGGAUCGGUAUGCUCAGCUGGUUUGCCGUCCACGCCGUCAGCAUGAACGACACCAACCGCCUGGUGAGCAGCGACAACAUGGGCUACGCCUCCUACCUGCUGGAGCAGGACAAGAACGCUGGGGAGCUUCCCGGACAGGGAAGCUUCGUCGCUGGAUUCUCGUCCAGUAAUCUCGGUGACGUCACUCCGAACACCAGAGGACCUCGCUGUAUGAACACCGGGCUGCCCUGCAACCACCUGAACAGCUCCUGUCCUGUAGGAGGGACUAAGAUGUGUAAGGCGAUCGGACCUGGAGACGACAUGUUUGAGAGCACGAGGAUCAUCGCACUCAACAUCUACAGGAAGGCCAAGGAGCUGUAUGCUGGCGCAGAGGAAGAGGUGACCGGUUUACUGCACACGGCCCAUCAGUGGGUCAACAUGACGGAUGUCACUGUUCAGAUUAACGCCACACACACGGCCAGCACAUGUAAACCUGCUCUGGGGCACAGCUUUGCAGCCGGAACUACAGACGGAGGAGGAGAACUCAACUUUACUCAAGGCGCUGUGGAGGGCGACCCGUUUUGGGACGGGAUAAGAGACGCUCUGCUGGGCGAGCCGUCCAAACAGACACAAGAGUGUCAUCACCCCAAACCAAUCCUGUUCAGCACCGGGGAGAUGAACUGGCCUCUGCCGUGGCAUCCUCAGAUCGUGGACGUUCAGAUCAUCACCAUCGGCUCUGUCGCUGUGGUGGCGGUUCCUGGAGAGAUGACCACCAUGUCGGGGCGGAGGUUAAGAGAAGCCGUCAAACAGGAGCUGGAGUCGGAGGGGGCAUUCAGGGACUCCGAGGUGGUGAUCGCCGGCCUGAGUAACAUCUACACUCACUACAUCACCACCUAUGAAGAGUACCAGGUCCAGCGGUAUGAAGGCGCCUCCACCAUAUACGGUCCGCACACGCUCAGUGCCUACCUGCACAAAUACCGAGGCCUGGCCAGAGCCAUCGCACAGGACAGAGUGUCGGAGCUGCCGGUCGGCCCUCAGCCUCCUUUCUUUAAGAAUCUCUUCAAUCUGCUGCCUGCACCCUCCAUGGACAGAAAACCAGAGAACAGCAGCUUUGGAGACGUCCUGCAGCAGGUUUACCCCAUCUACAGACAGGGUGAUGUUGUCUCUGUCACGUUCGUAGCAGGAAACCCCAGACAUUCUGGAGACAUUAGAGAUAAAACUUUUGUUACUGUGGAGAUUCAUGACAACAGAACCGACACCUGGGAGGUCGUCCACACUGAUGCAUCAUGGGAAACCAGGUUUCACUGGCUGAAGGGUUCGAACCGGCAGAGUAACUCCACCGUGGAGUGGCACAUCCCCCCGGCGGCCCCCAGUGGCUCCUACAGGAUCAAACACUUCGGACACUACAAACACUGGAAAGCCCUGCAAUUCGUCAUCACGCCGUACGAAGGCACGUCCGACGUCUUCAGUGUCGGCGGCAGCUUUUACUAUCAGUGAGACCGGAGGCCGGAUCAUCACGGACCUUCUGGAACGACUUGAGUUCAAUAAUCAACGGGAAACAUUUUGUUCUGAAACUUGUCACAUUUAAAUAUACGGACUAUAAAUACUGGAAUCAUGUGUAUGUUUCUAAAUGUAGAAUGUAUC